AUGCGUACGCACCCUACGUAUUACGUAAGGAGUCUCCGCACGUACUAUCAGUACGAGCAGUUUCGAGAGGCGAAGAGCACCUCCACGAUCAAGGGCCAAGACCACCUUCGAGUGGUCCCGUUUCAAGCCAAUCUUUUCGAUAAAGCAAAGCGACCUACUCACGCAGCUGAGCGAUGUCCUGAUGAGCUGCAGUCAGCUCGUCACGAAGGGAUCAAAUGGAACUUUUGUUCUCAAGCUGCGCAAGCGCAAACAUGGCACAAUCGUUCGAACGAUCGUACGCUAAGGAUUUGUAAUUGUCCUUUACAAUGCCAUGAAGCUCAUAACGGCGGGCCCGAUCACGAGCCAAGUCUUCGUGUAUCUGAUCCGUCACGCGGUUCAAUUUUUGGACAUCGAGCUUAUCCAACCCUCGAGCCGGAUCAGGUGUUCCUGCCUCCACCACAUUCUUUGGUGGAUUCUGGCGGUGGUCAACGCUUUCUGGUGAAGGGUAUUUUGAACCACCGUGACGUGAAAGGCGUCCAGACGAGUUACCUCGUCUGCUGGCGCGGCUUUCCACCGGCCUGGGGCAGCUGA